GGUUUAUUAGAAGCGGGUGCAGCAGGGUUCGCCUUUUGUUGUUUAAAUUGAACUUAGCUUCUCUGUGUUAUCUGUCGUUUGUCUUUCUAAGGAAACCUUAAUGCUGCGCCAAACUCAAUUUAAGAAGUAAUUUCUGUCCGUCCAGCGAGCUCUUUUUAGGUGCCCGACUAGUAGCUGGAAGUUUAAAAAGCAAUUAUUUCUGAGGCAACAGAUAAAGUCACUCUGACAGACUUUGUGUAAAUGGUUCCUCCUUAUCUUCUAACAGCAGAGUCUGAGGUGGCAGUUAGUGAAGCUCAGUUACACACCAACAUGAGAUUGGUUGUUGUUGCCUAAUUUACCAGCUCUUAACUAACCUUUAUCAUCAAGACAAACUAUGUGAUGGUUUUGAAGGCAGCAGUGGUUCAGAUGAGGAGCUUCCUGUGUUUGAUUUCCUCCAACCUCGUCCAAACACCGAUGUGGCUUCCCAGAAAAGCUCAAAGGAACCAAACCAGAACUGCUUUUACUCUAAACCCUUCAUCUCCUCAUCAGUUCAGGGUAACUCUGGAUCUGUUGACGUGAUGAUGAUCAGCAGCGACUCAGAGGAUGAGUUACCGUACGUCCCUCUGGCUCAGAGACUGAAGCUCAGACAGGACAGGGCCGUCCUCACUGAAAGAAAUGCACCCAACGAGGCGGGAUCUGAGUCGGAGCGCCUCCUCAGCUUGCAUCAGGAGAGAAGAACGACUCCAACGAAGGUAGAUAACCCUCCUCUCAGGGCUUUCUCUACAUCUGAGAGCGGAGACCCCUCUCCUACUCGGACAAAAGCCCCAAAACGGACAGCUGAGGAGAUUCAGGCUUCCAGGGAGGAGGCUCUGAAGAGGAGGCAGGCCAGAGAGAGACAGCAGCAGGAACAAGAAAGGCAGAGAGCGGAGAGGAAAGCUCUGGCUGAGGCCGCCAAGGCCCUGAGGCCAGAGGAGUGCAUCAAGCAUAUGGUGGUAGCUGUGGAUCCAGCUCUGUUGCAGCUGGAAGGAGGCGGGACCCUGCUGGCAGCGGUGCAAGCUCUGGGCUGUAGCUGCUCCAUAGAGAAACAGGAGCUCCCACGCAGCGUCACCUGGGCGAGGAGAGCUCCCACUACACAGCUGGGCGAUGCAGGCUGUGUGCCAGAGCCUCAUGUGGUGAUGCAGAUGACGGUGGAGGACUUCAUCACUCUCAUUCACAACUAUAUUCAGGUGGAGAGGCAUGGCAGGUCAGACUGCAGUCCCACCCUCACGUCGUGGGUCCAGGGGCAGCAGCGGCGUCAUCCCGCCAAAACACUCAGCCUGGCAGUCAUCGACUUGGAGAACUACUUCAGAGCUCAGAAGUCUAACAGCCAGAAGAGGUUCAGAGAGGCUGUGGCUGGGGAAGAGCCAAGAGGAGGAAAAGAGAAGAAGAAACAUAAGAGUGGUCACACUGGGAAGCUGCCAGAGGUGUCCAGAGUUGAGGUGGAGGAGGCUAUGGUCCACCUCCAGCUUCACACCGGCGUCUCUGUCCACUUCUUAUCUACCUGGAAGGAGUUCUCAGACCACAUCACCAUGACGACCAAAGCAGUCGCUGAAGCCCCUUUCAAGAGAGAGCGAGAGCAGACCGGCUUCUCCUUCUACCUGGAGAGCGAGUGGGCGGGAGGCCAGCGGGUGGACAGAGCCGGGAAGGGCCUGCUGCAAGUGUGGAAGAGACAGAUUCAGCAGUUCAACAGAGUGAGCCCAGAUGUGGCCGCUGCCAUCUUGGCAGCGUAUCCUUCCCCGCAGCUGCUCAGGAAGGCCUACAGUCAGUGUAAGACUGAGAAUCAGAAGCUGGCUCUUCUGGCAGACCUUCUGAUCCGCCGAGGUGAAGGCAUCACCUCCACCACUCGGCGAGUCGGCCCGGAGCUUUCCAAACGUCUUUACCUCCUCAUGAAUUCCUGUGACCCUGAGCAGAUUCUGGAUGCUGCUGUUUGAGCUUCCGGCGUUCUCCUAACUCUGCUCUAACCCUUCAACUUUGAUAUGUCAUAAUAAAUGGAAGUUGGAGAUCAUGGCAUUUCUGACUAAUUGAUCAGUUCAUUCAGAUUGUGUCUUUCUGCA